AUGCGAGUAGCUUUUGAUCCUCAAGAUCCUAAUGCUUCUGCAAGUGCGUCAAUUGAUGGAACUAUAAAGAUUUGGAAUGUUUAUUCCUCUGCACCUAAGUUUACUUUGGGUGCGCAUGAAAAGGGGCUGAACUUUGUUGAUGACUUCUUGAGGGAUGAUAUGCUGUAUUUACUGAGUGGUUUGAAUGAUUACACUGCUAAGGUUUGGGACGAUAAUGGCAGAAGCUGUGUACAAACACUCCAGGGACACGAGCACAAUGUUGCCGCUGUACGUGCCCUUCCUCAGCUGCCUACAGUAAUCACUGGUUCAGAGGAUGAGACUCUAUGCAUAUGGGAUGCAAAUGGCUUCGGGCUUAAGCAUGUGCUGAAAUUCGGUCAUGGAAGGAUUUGGGAUAUUGCAUAUCAGAAAGGAUCAGAAAGGAUCACACCAGUACCAUUCAUGCCUGCUAAAAAUGUUUCAUUUCCUCGUUAUAUCCAUGCUUUGACAAUAAUAAGCUGUUGUGAUGGCCUGGGGUUUUCCAUUGCUGUUAUAGACAUACAUGUUGCAGUUCCUUGUGACAAGAGAAUAGCCGUGGUUGAGAUAGUGUGUUGA